GUCAUUUUUUCAGAAUAUAGAUAUUUUGCCAAGAGAAAAACUUUGUGAAAAUGGUCAUAAAAUGACGUUAAGCGUUACGGAUGGUCGGGAACGUUGGCGAUGCAGGAAAAACACGUGCCGUCAAGAUAUUCAAUUAAGAUCCAACACUUGGCUGGAAAAUUCGCGUUUGGGCUUCGACAAAGUGCUAUUGUUCAUUUAUUGUUGGAGCCAUAAACUUACGAGUGUUGAUUUCUGUGAGCGGAAACUGAAAAUUAAUCACAACACUAUAGUCGAUUGGAAUAACUACUUACGAGAGGUGUGUGCAGCUAAAUUACUAGCCAAUCCGCUUGUAAUAGGAGGUCCUGGACUAACAGUGGAGAUUGAUGAAUCUGUAUUCGCCAAGCGUAAGUAUAACGUAGGUAGGGUGCCAAAAAAACAGUGGAUUUUUGGUGGUAUUUGUCACGAGACAAAAGAUUGUUUUUUGUUUGCUGUUGAAGACAGAUCUGCUGCUUCGCUUAUGCCCAUCAUUGUUGAAAGAAUUGCUCCAGGAACACGUAUCGUGUCCGAUAAGUGGCGAUCCUAUAAUGGAAUAAGGAAUGCUAAUAGUAACUACGAUCACAAUACUGUCAACCACAGUGAAAACUUUAUUGAUCCUGAAACUGGUGCUCACACAAACACUGUUAAAAGAAUGUGGGGCGUGGCUAAAUCAAGCUUUCGGCGUCAGUAUGGCACUCAUUCGAAAUUGCUGGACAGCUACCUUUGUGAAUUUAUGUGGCGGAAGCGACUCACUGAAGGCACCAACCCAUUUGAAGCUAUACUUCAAGACAUUGCGGCUUUUUGGCCACCUCAGUCAAAGAAAAACGUGUGGGUGUCCUCAGGGUUUAGCAACCUCGCAGGCCUCAUCAACUCAGCCAAGAGCCAUGAACUGUCAGGGGUACAUGCCAUCAACGUCAGUAAGAUGGCAGAAUUUGAGCAGAAGCGACUGAACGGCACGUGCGACGUCAUGGAUCAGAAUGAAGAGGGCAGAGGUGAGGUUUUCAUCAAAACUGAGACUGAAACUGAUUUCGUUGUCUCCUACGAUGACCCCCUCCGCAACGUCACGGACAUAUGUGAAGAGAACAGUCCUACGUGUCAGAACAUGCCACCCGACAAGAAGAGGAAGUCCUUUUCUUCACCUAUCCCUCCCUGUUCUUUGAAUGCAGGAUUUAAAACCGUGUAUCCAAGUGGUUCAUCUGCAAACUUAGAGACGGAGUUUGAUCUGUGGGCCAGAAGUGUUGCUCAUCAACUGAACAACAUGGACCUGAAAACGGCUCUGCAGUUGCAGUUGAAAAUGCAGCAACUAUUGACAGAAGAUAGGAUUAGUCAAGACUAAUCCUCUGGGCUAAAUCCUCCUGGAAGAUGCCCUCAGACAUCCUGUAAACAUGUUACGAGUACUAUGUGAUAAUUUUAAGAAGUAGAUUUAAUACAAGUUUAAUUCUUUUCCUAAGAUUUUGUUUAGUUUAUAAAUUAGUUUUAUAGUAAAAUGUAUUGUCCAUUUUUAGAAAUGAACAGUGUUAUUAUGUAAAUAUUUGCAUUGUACAGUAUUAUUUUUGAAGAAUCAAUUAAAAAUUAUGAGGUUAUUUCUUUCAA